UUCUUCUGCUUUCUAUAAAUUGCCAACCUCCCUGAUGAUCACCAAUCAAUCAAGAAAAAUCAGCAAUUCACAACGACAAUUCUCAGCGUUCAACCAAUCAUAUCAACAACAUCACAAUCCCCCUUUUAGAUAUAUAUAAAAAAAGAGAGAAGCUAGCCAAGCAAAGGAGAGCGUAUAUCAUGGCAAUGAUUCCAAGCUUCUUCAACAACCGACGAGGCAGCAGCAUCAUCUUCGACCCAUUCUCUUCUUUCGAGGCUUGGGAUCCAUUUAAGGACUUCCCUUUCCCCUCAUCUUCCCUCAUCCCUCGUGAAAACUCAGGUUUUGUUAGCACUCGCAUUGACUGGAAAGAGACCCCAGAAGCCCAUGUCUUUAAAGCUGAUCUUCCGGGCCUAAAGAAGGAGGAAGUGAAAGUCGAGAUCGAAGAUGACAGGGUGCUUCAGAUCAGUGGAGAGAGGAAUAUGGAGAUGGAAGACAAGAAUGAUACCUGGCAUCGUAUUGAACGUAGUAAUGGUAAGUUCUUGAGAAGGUUCAGGCUGCCUGAGAAUGCCAAGAUGGAUCAAGUCAAGGCUUCUAUGGAAAAUGGGCUUCUUACUGUCACUGUGCCUAAGGAGGAAGUCAAGAAACGUGAUGCCAAGGCUAUUGAAAUCUCCGGUUGAAUGUGAUGCCUGUUUUCUUUGGUUAGCAUCUAUCUACCUUUUCAGUCAGGAAUUGUGUGUCUUCUCAUGUUAAUGAUAGCUGAAAAUCCUGGUGUCGUCCUUGUUUAUAUCCUAUUUGCAUACAAGUGUUUGUCUGUUUGAUGCAUGCUUGACAAGUUUUUAAUGGUAAAUAGUGUGUAAUUUGGCUAA